AUGUUUCGCGUGCUUAACUCUGUGCCCUAUAGCAAUGAGCAGGGAGCGAAAGACUUUAUUGCUAGUCUGCAUUCAUUCGUAACGUGUAAUCUGCUUGUUGGAUUGGCUGUGCUUGUAUCGUGGAAGCAGUUUGGUGGGAGUCCUAUUGAAUGCAUGGUACCUCCGGAUUUUACAAGUGCUUGGGUUGAGAAUCAAUAUGGUUGGGCAGUAUCAGACGGUAUUAGUAAUAAUGUGAAAACUCGUCAACGGGAGCCUUUUUCGCAUUGUACACUCGGUAUGAUCCGAACAAAGGAAGAAAUAUUCUGA